UAUCCUCCUUCCAGAAUCUGUCCUACUUUCCUUGGAGCAUUUAGCUUCUGGAAAGAGCAUUCUGAGAACAAGAGGUUGUGAUGAAGCAAUCUUGGAAUCUAAGUCGGGACAAAACAUUGGCCAAGAGAAGGAACUGGAGAUUGGAACUAAGUCCAAGGUUGAUUAUUGUAUAGUAAGAAGACUAUUCUCUACUGAUUCUGUUGCUAAAGAUGGUGAUCUCUGUCAUACUAGUAGCAUCCUUGAUGGAGCAGAAGACAACGCACGACCAACCACUAUUGAUGAGGAGUUUGCAGGGUUGAGAUAUGUAGACUCGCAAGAACCUGGUGAUGCAUCACAAGCUGAUGCUCUCGCAUUUGUGGAAAGGUUAAUUGAGGAGACCAAAUCCUCAUUCGAUGUUGAAGUUAAUCUGGGAUACACUGGUGGGAGAAAAUUCAAUUGUGUAUCGGGCUAUCAGCUGCGAAAGGCCCACUAAGUUUGGCCAAGAAAACCCUGAAAAGAAGCAUUCAAGAAAAAGCUGGGAUCUUUGACUGGGGUCACCGACUGGAAGAUGAGGAAGGUGGAGAUAUUUUCAUCAGAAGAAAGGUUGAUUUCCUUGGAGUCAGGUCGUUGUCAACUUCCCCCAAGGGCAGAUCAAACCCACAGAAGGGAAAUAAAGGGAAUUUCGAAGUUGAGAAUAGGGAGACUGUACAGUCUGAUUCCAAAAUAAUACUUCAGAAGUUCAAGAUAGCUGAAAGCAAAACUAGGAGAAUUCUGAAGAAGACCAGAAAAGAUCUUCUGAAUGAGUUGCAUGACCAGGCUAAUAGGAAAAAAUUAACCGGACCUCGUGAAGACAUCACUGUUGCUCCAGAUUUUUCCGGUGCUGGAUUGGGCACCCAAUUAGCUGCUGAAGCCAUGAGGGAAUUGUUGAACGGGGACCCAGUUCCUGACUUUGAUGGUAAUGAUGCCAAGGAAAAGCAUUCUGUGGAACAGUCUCUAAUAAGAAAAGCUAAAAGGCGUGCUUCUUCAAAGCAACAUGCUUCUUGUGAUCCUUCUGAGAUUCAAGCUGACACAACGCAGUCAAAGAAAAGAAAGACCCAGUUAAAAGUUGCCGAUGCCAUGGAAUCCAAGGAACAAAAAGAGUCUCUGAUAAGAAAAGCUAAAAGGAAAAUGUCUUCAAAGAAAUGUAUUUUUCGAAUUGGUUUUCAGCCGAUUGAGAGAGUUGGAAGAUCUGCUCUGAAGGAUGACACACUCAUCGAAGACCUGUUGGUUCUAUCCAGCAAUUAAGAUUACGAAGCCUGCAUUCCUUUCCUCAAGAGGAGGUACACCGUACUUCUACUACGCCUGUUCUCUCGUACUUGCAGGGAAACAAACGAUUUCAAUCGACUUGCUUACACGCGUUUGACGCUGUAUGCUUCCAGGGGCCGCUGUCUACGGUUCAGAGCUGCUCUUGAAUGGAAUCGUUACGAGGAAACUAGAAUACGACAGGUUAGUUAGCUUCCCUCUUCUUCUGCACCAUUUGCCAGUAAGAAAUGCUUUCUGGAGAUUAGGGUUAAUUGGUUGUCUUAUGCUUGCCAAACAGGCAUAGGCUAUUUUUGGAUAAUGUGAAGAGAACCAGGUCUACUAUAUGGAUUAAUAAAGAUGGCCACAGUUACACUCCUGUUUUGAUGAACUUGGUCUGUUCUUAUUUUCUGCUUUCCUAGGGUUGUAAAUCACUAAAUCUUAUGGUUCCUGUUCCAUUUGAAAAGAACAGUGAUGUUGGUAUAUAAAUACAACUAACAAAGUGCUCAUUAUAUAUUUUUAACAAAUUUGUUACUGAUGUUUGCACUAAUAUCAUGGUUGGUAAGCAUUCAUUUUCCUAUCUGGUUCGUUCUUUCUUUAGAUUCUGCAGCCUGCAUGCUAACUCAUCUGAAACAACAACAAAAUCACAGAUAACAG